CGGGGCCGUGAUUGGCUUCCGCCACACACAAUAUGGCCGCGAAGUCUCUUUUCGCUACUGAAUGAGGCCCUUCCAGCGUCCUGUCUCCAUGACAACGACGACAGGUCGGGGGAGGGGCGAGAGCAGGAAGAGGAGACUUUGGCGGGAGAGUGGGAACGUAGUGCUGCAAGGGAAGUGAGUACAGAGUGUGAUGUCUACAUAGACUUUAGAGAUGGACAAGCGUAAAAAGGCAGCAGGUGCCGGAGGCUUCUCCUCCUCCCAGACCAAGAAGAUAAAGUCGGAUUGGGAUGAUGAGGGUCCGUCCCAGUUUGAAGAGGAGCUGGCGUUCCUGGACGAGGUGGAAGCGGACAUGGCCGUUGAUAUGAAUGAUGCUUAUUCCACUGCAGACGUCUUACCUGUCGAUAAACUGUCAGAGCACAUUUUGCCAAAGUGGUUGAGGCCUCCGCUUCCUUCCAUUGAUCCACAGAAGGAUUCCAUAUGCUUCCAUCAAAUUGAGCUUGACCAUUAUAUGGGUUCACAUAUUCCUGGGAUGCCUGGAGCUACACAAGGACCUGUUCCCAUCAUCCGUAUGUUUGGGAUCACAGCAGAUGGGAACAGCGUGUGCUGCCAUAUACAUGGCUUUGCCCCAUACUUCUAUGUACCCUGCCAACAAGGCUUCAAGCAAGAGCACCUGAAUGAUUUCAAGAAGGAACUGAACAAUGUGGUGAUCAAGGACAUGCGUUCCAACAAAGACAACAUUUCACAAGCAGUGCUGGCUGUAGACAUCUGUAUGAAAGAGAAUAUGUAUGGAUAUCAUGGGAAGAAGAUUAUUCCCUUCCUUAAAAUCACCAUGGCCUAUCCACGUCUAAUCGCACCUGCCAAGCGUCUUUUAGAACAAGGAAUACGGUCUGGAAGCUUCCCUAUGCACUGUUACCAAGCCUAUGAAGCCAACAUUGACUUUGAAAUCAGGUUUAUGGUUGAUAAUGAUAUUGUUGGAUGCAAUUGGAUUGAGCUUCCUGCUGGUAAAUAUCGCAUACGCAAGGAAUAUCAAGGAGGGGACGUCAGUAAAGAUGACCCCAAAAAGGUGUCUCUUGCCCAACUGGAGGUGGAUAUAAGUUGGGCAGAUCUCAUCAGUCAUCCUGCUGAAGGAGAGUGGCAGAAAAUUGCACCUCUUCGAGUUCUCAGUUUUGACAUUGAAUGUGCUGGAAGGAAAGGUGUGUUCCCUGAGCCGGACAAAGAUCCUGUCAUCCAGAUUGCCAACAUGGUUCUGCGGCAGGGGGAGAAGGACCCCUUCAUACGCAAUGUUUUCACUCUAGGAACCUGUUCUAGCAUCGUAGGCUCCAAAGUGCUUUGCUUUGAGAAGGAAAAUGCACUGCUUAAAGCCUGGGCGGAGUUCGUGCGCAUCAUUGAUCCUGAUAUUAUAACUGGCUAUAAUAUUCAGAAUUUUGACUUGCCCUACUUGAUCAACAGAGCUCACACCCUAAAGGUCGACAGUUUUCCAUUCCUGGGGAGAAUGAGGAACAUGAAGUCUGUGAUCCGAGACUCUUCCUUCCAGUCCAAGCAAAUGGGCAGAAGAGAGAACAAAGUCAUCAAUACAGAGGGCCGGGUUCAGUUUGAUCUUCUGCAGGUGCUUCUGAGAGAUUACAAGCUGCGUUCCUACACCUUGAAUGCUGUCAGUUUUCAUUUCUUACAAGAACAGAAGGAGGAUGUUCAGCAUUCCAUCAUUACUGAUCUGCAGAAUGGAAAUGAACAAACCCGCAGGCGACUUGCUGUGUACUGCUUGAAGGAUGCCUACCUACCCCUGCGCCUCCUGGAAAAGCUCAUGUGUGUUAUUAACUACAUGGAGAUGGCACGUGUGACCGGCGUCCCUCUGAACUACCUCUUAUCCCGGGGACAGCAGAUCAAAGUUGUAUCACAGCUUCUCAGACAGGCAAUGAAGCAAGAUCUGGUAAUGCCAGUGGUGAGGUCAGAAGGUGGCGAGGACUACACUGGUGCCACCGUCAUUGAACCCGUUAAAGGAUAUUAUGAUGUGCCUAUUGCAACUCUGGAUUUUUCAUCCCUGUAUCCAUCUAUUAUGAUGGCUCAUAAUCUCUGCUAUACUACCUUGUUGCAGUCUGGAUCUGCUGAUAAAUAUGGGCUCAACCCUGAAGAUUUUAUCAAGACCCCAACAGGAGAUUGUUUUGUUAAGUCCACUGUAAGAAAAGGGUUGCUGCCUGAGAUUUUGGAAAAUCUCUUAUCUGCCCGAAAGCGAGCAAAAACAGAGCUUAAAAAGGAGACUGAUCCCUUUAAACAGAAGGUUCUGGACGGUCGUCAGCUGGCGCUGAAAGUAAGCGCGAACUCAGUCUAUGGAUUCACCGGAGCACAAGUUGGAAAACUACCCUGUCUCGAGAUUUCACAGAGUGUCACAGGCUUUGGGAGGCAGAUGAUAGAAACAACCAAACAACUAGUGGAAUCCAAGUACACUCUUGCCAAUGGAUACAAGGCAGACGCCAAGGUUAUUUAUGGUGACACAGAUUCUGUGAUGUGCAAACUUGGGGUUCAGACGGUUUCUGAAGCCAUGGCGAUAGGAAGAGAAGCAGCUGAAUGGGUCUCCAAGAAUUUCACCCCUCCUAUAAAAUUGGAGUUCGAAAAGGUAUACUUUCCAUACCUGCUGAUCAACAAAAAGAGAUAUGCCGGUCUUUACUUUUCAUCCAGCCCAAACACCCAUGACAAGAUGGACUGCAAGGGCAUAGAGACUGUAAGACGAGACAACUGCCCUCUAGUGGCCAAUCUGAUCAACACAUGUCUGCAAAAGAUUCUAAUUGACAGGGACCCAAUGGGAGCUGUUGAACAUGCCAAGGACGUGAUCUCCGAUUUACUCUGUAAUCGAAUAGACAUCUCACAGCUGGUUAUCACCAAAGAGCUGACUCGUACUGCAGAUGAGUACGCAGGAAAACAAGCUCACGUGGAGCUGGCAGAAAGAAUGAGAAAAAGAGAUCCAGGCAGCGCUCCUAACUUAGGAGAUAGAGUCCCCUAUGUGAUCAUUGGGGCAGCCAAGGGAGUUGCUGCAUAUAUGAAAUCUGAGGAUCCUAUUUAUGUGCUUGAGAAUAACAUCCCAAUUGACACUCAAUAUUAUUUGGAGCAACAAUUGGCGAAGCCCCUGCUGAGAAUAUUUGAGCCUAUUCUGGGGGAGACUAAAGCUGAGAGUGUGCUUCUGAAGGGUGAACACACACGAUGCAAGACUGUCCUUACCUCCAAGGUUGGGGGUCUGAUGGCAUUUGCAAAGAAACGUAGCACCUGCAUUGGAUGCAAAGCAACGCUAAACCAUGAUGGUGCUGUUUGCAAUUACUGUAGGAAGAGGGAAUCGGAGCUUCACCAGAAGGAGGUUUCUCAUCUUGGUUCUCUGGAAGAGAAGUUCUCUCGCCUCUGGACUCAAUGUCAGCGCUGUCAGGGAAGUUUACACGAGGAUGUCCUUUGCACAAGUCGUGACUGCCCUAUAUUCUACAUGAGAAAGAAGGUACAAAAAGACCUUGAUGACCAGGAGAAGCUGGUCCAGCGAUUUGGACCUCCUUCCUGGUAACCCGCAAUAACCUUUAAUGUGAAGACCAAAAGUCUAAGAUGCUGGGUCAAGAAUCUGUGACCAUUGGCUUCCACCGACAUAGACUUUCUCUAAAUAUUAAGUGAUCUCCACAUAUCAGACAUCAUCCAAUAUCAUCAUUUAGUUUCUUACGUUCAUCAAGAUGUAGAUGACCUGAAUGAAGCUGGGUUUAAGGUCCUAUAUGGGUCUUAGAUAUUCCUAAGACUAAAUCAACUUCUUGGGUUCUUCACUUUGGCGUAAGUAGCCUCCGUACUGUUACCAUUACACUUUCAAUGAGUGGUGCAGGGACCAUGAUAUUUUUUAUGGACUGUCUCUAGUUUAUCGGGUUCCUGCAGAUUUAUAAUUUAGGAUUUAUUUCACCUAAGUUGGAAACUUUUUUUUGUAAUGUUUUGUACCAAUAAAAAUAGUUU